AUGAAUGUCCGUUCCAUUGCCACCGCGGCAAGACUUGCCGACUUCGAAGCCGCGGUCGAGAAUGUCAAGUUCGAUGUCAUUGGAGUCUCGGAGACACGAAUGGCUGGCAAAGGAAGAAUAGACCUCUCAAGUGGGUACUCUUUAUAUCAUAGUGGUACUGAGGAACGAACCAAAAGAGGUGUAGGAUUUUAUGUACCGUCAUCGUUGAAUCAACACAGCGAUUGUUUCUUUCAUUCUGAACGAAUGAUUGAGCUUUGCAUAAAACUAGCCGAUAGGAGCACUCUCCGUAUAAUACAAGUUCACGCGCCCCAUUCAGAUUUUCAAGAUGUGGAAUACGAGGCGUUCUUAGACAAUCUUGCUCAUGUUCUCGAUGCCAGGAGAAGUAAGCACCAAGUGAUUCUGGGCGAUUUCAACGCAACUCCUGGUUUACGCCGUAAUGAAGAGCGAUACAUUGGUAACAAUUCCUCAGGAGCUCGAAAUCACCGUGGACAAAUGUUGGCCGACUUUUGUGAGGAAAGAAAGCUAUUUCUUGCUAACUCGUUCUUCAAAAAGAGACUUGACGAUCGGUGGACAUGGCGAAAUGAUGCCUUGGGACUGAAGAAAGAGAUUGAUUAUGUAUUGUUGAGAAGUAUGAAGGGCGUUGUCGAUGUAGGAGUGCUCACUAGUGUUAACACGGGGAGUGAUCACCGCAUGUUAAGAUGUAAAAUGCGUCUGAAUCCGAUCUCACAACCAGUAAGAAGACCAAGAGGAUUCCCCGUUAUCGACAGCGACUUAUUGUGUUCAACCGCUCAAUGUUUACUACAUGAAAAUAUGAUGACUGGCGAUACAAUCAAAGAUUAUGAUACCAUUACUCGCGUCAUAACAACAGCUACUCAGAUGUCCACAAGGUAUGAAUAUCUCCCACCACGUCUAUACAAAGGACGGGUGCUCCCCAGAGACGACAACGGGAAGAACCGUUUGACAGCCACAAUUGAGGAAAAGUCAAUUCUACCACCGGAGCAGGCUGGUUUCCGCAAGCACUUCUCGACCAUAGAUCAUAUUCACACUAUUAAUAUGAUUACCGAGAAAUGUCACGAGUUCAAUAUAGAGCUAUGUGCCGUUUUCGUCGAUUUUAAGAAGGCCUUCGAUAGCGUGGAACUUCCAAUGAUAUGGAAAGCGUUGGAGUAUUUUGGUGUGAGGAGAACUUGA